UCAAUUAUCGUACAAAUAAUAUUAUUAAGAUUCAGAAAUAGGCAAUCGUAGAAGCUUCUGUCAAAAAAGGAAAAUUGCAGAAGCCUUGGAUUUGGAUCCCUGACUGAGCAGACUCAGAUGAAUCAAAGGGAAUGGAGCAUAUGAAUCGUCAUAACUGAAACAAACACUAUUUAUUUGCCACAAUGAAGCUUCACCAACUGAACAACUCUCAGAAACCCGCUUUUGCUCUUCUUUUCGUCAUUCUCUUACCAUUUUUCUUUCCCAAUCUCUUCCAACCUCUCGGUCGUGCUUCGCCUUCUCUCUUUUCCGAGUGGAUUGCUCCUAAACCUAGGCAUGUGACAUUGCUACAGGCUGCUCUGCAACAUAAAACUUCUGUUGAAGUACAAACUAAUCUAUGGUCUCCCUUGGCCUACCAAGGAUGGAAACCUUGUACCAUGCCUCCAAAAUCACCUUCUCUUCCCGAAAAAUCUCAGGGUUAUAUCCAAGUUUUUCUUGACGGAGGAUUGAACCAGCAAAAGAUGGGGAUAUGUGAUGCUGUUGCUGUGGCUAAAAUUUUGAAUGUAACGUUGGUGAUCCCGCAUUUUGAAGUAAAUCCGGUUUGGCAGGAUUCAAGUUCAUUUGCAGAUAUAUUUGAUGUGGAUCACUUCAUUGAAGUUCUCCGUGGUGAAGUGUCUAUAGUGAAAGAGCUUCCCAGUGAGUACUCUUGGAGCACAAGAGAGUACUAUGCCACGGGAAUAAGAGAUACUAGAAUUAAAACAGCACCUGUUCAAGCUACUGCUGACUGGUAUAUAGAAAAUGUAUUGCCAGUACUUCAGAGUUAUGGUGUUGCGGCCAUUGCACCGUUUUCUCAUCGUUUAACGUUCAACGGCUUGCCAUCAGACAUCCAACGUCUCCGUUGUAAGGUCAAUUUUGAAGCACUGAAUUUUGUUCCACAUAUCAAGGAAUUAGGAGAUAUCCUUGUUCACCACCUUCGCAACAAUGCUAGCAUCAACCAAGCUGAAGGGAAUGACUAUUUGCUAGAGGAAACUGAUAAACUUGGAAAACAGCAAAGCGGGAAGUUUGUUGUGUUGCAUCUGCGUUUUGAUAAAGAUAUGGCUGCCCAUUCAGCUUGUGAUUUUGGUGGGGGUAAAGCUGAGAAACUUGCUCUAGCUAAAUACCGGCAGGUGCUUUGGCAGGGAAGAGUAUUGAACUCUCAAUUCACGGAUGAAGAGUUGAGAAGUCAGGGGCGUUGCCCGCUGACUCCUGAAGAGAUUGGAUUGCUCCUAGCUGCUUUGGGGUUCAACAACAGCACACGGCUUUAUCUUGCUUCCCACAAGGUUUAUGGUGGAAAAGCUAGGCUGGAAACAUUAAGUAAAUUAUUUCCUUUUAUGGAAGAUAAGAAGAGUCUAGUCUCUGCAGAGAAGCUGACUAAGAUUAAAGGAAAGGCAUCCUUACUAGCUGCUGUUGAUUAUCAUGUGAGCUUGCACAGUGACAUCUUCAUUUCUGCUUCUCCAGGCAAUAUGCACAAUGCUCUGGUGGCACAUCGUGCUUACAGGAAUCUGAAGACUAUCAGACCAAACAUGGCACUUUUGGGUCAACUAUUUCAGAAUAAGAGCAUAGGCUGGUCAGAAUUUCAGCGCACUGUUCUUGAUGGACAUAAAAACAGACAAGGGCAGAUAAGAUUAAGAAAGGAGAAGCAAUCAAUAUAUACGUAUCCUGCUCCUGAUUGCAUGUGCAAAGCUUAAUGGAAACAAGUUUUGGAAAAUGUUAAUUGAUCUUUAGCUCAACUACACUUAUGGCUUCUAUAGUUGAUGUAAAAUAGCCAUUGGGUGCAAAAAUGCUCCUCUUUGACAGAUUACUCUCCUUACAAACAAAUCAAGUUCAAAAUACAAUCUGAUGUAACUAAAUUUGUCAUACUGUGUUAACUAUGCUAUGCUUUAGUCUUUGAGUUGUUCUACAUCACAGUGGAGUUCAAUUAUUCUCUCCCAGAUUAUCCA